GCUGGACAAGACUGGCGGCCCGCGCGGGCAGCUGGCAGUGCAUCCUGCUGUCGGGCAGUUUAUCCUGGACAACGCGGCCUCUGACAAGAGGAGCGGCCUCGACGCCGCGCAGAAGGUGCUUUUGGACGCCAAGGCAGCGACAAGCUGGCCGACCGGGUAUAGCUUGUACGUGAAGAACGGCUACAUGGGAGUGCCAUCUUGUCCCAAGGCCAAUCAGGACCACGUCUUGCGCUGCUUGGAAGCCUCGCUGCACCAUAUGCGCUGCAUUUGUGCCAAGGACGUGCCCAGCUGUGGCUUGAGGCCGGAUCUCCAGGGCCCCAGCACCACCAAGCACAAGGUGAGCAUGGUCUAUGCCUCUGCGAUUCCUGUGAAGGCCUAUCUCAAUGCCGGAAAUUUGGACGUGCCGUUUCAGGAGGAAGUUGGACGGCUGGUGAUUGUCUCUCAGUAUUUCGGCGCUUUGCGCUUGGCCUACGAGGCUGCGAAGCCGGGGACAAAGCAGAAGAUCUUCUUGAUGCCCUUAGGAGGUGGCGUGUUCAACAACCGGGCGGAGGUCAUCCUGGGUGCCUUGGGCACGGCUCUGGAUUUGUUGGCCCAACAUUUGAAGGUGGACCCUGCAGCCAGGCUUGAUGUACAGCUGCUGGCCUUUCGUGGCAGUGUGGGGGAGCAGGACCGCCUCACCAAGAUCAUCCAGCUCUUGGUGCCAGCGACCGCCCCAGUGGCCCCGGCCGCCGCAGCUGCAGCCACCACACCUGCUGCACCCACUGAUUUCACAGCCACAGCUUCGUCCACUGCCGCGGCUGCCUCGGCUGUGCCCUACCGUGCCGUGUCGGACUCGCCGCUGGCGCGUGCGUUCGCGGCCUCAAUAGCCUCAGCGGCCUCAGCGGCCUCAGCCGCCUCAGCCGCCUCAGCCUCAACGGCUGCUGCUGAGCGUGCAGAUUCAGACGCCGCGACUGUGCCGGCGUCAACACCAUCUGCUCCAGCAACAGCACCUGAGCGGGAGGGCGCCCCUGCUGCCAGGGCUGGUGGAUCUGGCGAAGGUCCAAAGUGGAAGCUGGAAGCCAGGUCAGCAUCGCUGCUGGAUGCAUUGCUUGAUGAUGAUUGAAAAGUCACCUGUGGUUGUGGGACGGUGAGUGCUUAGUGACUUAGUGUUUGGCUGGCUGGCUGGCUGGCUGACUGACUGACUGACUGACAGACAUUUGGUCCUCGCGUAUUUCUGCAACUUGGC